AACCAUCCUAUAAAAAAAAAUAAUAAAAAAAAACCACACACACACACAGACACAGAGAUUCCCUUAACAAACAUUGAGGUGGGGGGAGGGAGUUACAGGAAAAUCAAAAGCAAAGGAAGACGCAGCUAGAUCUGAGAAAGAAAGCAAAACCAGUUAUAUACAGCGGUUUUCAUGGAAGGAUUGGUGGGUGCUUCACGAGUCACCCCAGUUCGUACUCAUUUGAGGCAAAAGCAACUUCCUUUUGUUCCUACGUCUUCACUGCAAUUUACGAAAAGUUUUUAUAGAAAUAGAACUAGAGUUGGAAUGAACAAACAUCCCAAAUCACCCAACCCAAUUGCUGCUUCAAUUCUACCAUUAGAAGCCUCUGCAUUGAGCCGCUUUGACAACACGCAACCAUCCAAAGAGGUUCUUGAUUUAUGGAGAAAUGCUGAUGCGGUGUGCUUCGAUGUGGAUAGCACUGUUUGCCUGGAUGAGGGCAUUGAUGAACUUGCAGAAUAUUGUGGAGCUGGAAAGGCUGUUGCAGAAUGGACGGCUAGGGCAAUGAGUGGUUCAGUACCUUUUGAGGAGGCUUUGGCUGCUAGACUAUCUUUGUUCAAUCCUUCCCUAUCUCAAGUCCAAGAUUUUCUCGAAGAGAGGCCCGCAAGGCUUUCACCUGGCAUAGAUGAGUUAGUCAAGAAGCUGAAGGCUAAUAACACUGAUGUUUACCUGGUCUCUGGAGGCUUCCGUCAAAUGAUCAAACCUGUGGCAUCGAUUCUUGGGAUACCGCCUGAAAACGUGUUUGCAAAUCAACUGCUAUUUGGAACAUCUGGAGAGUUUCUGGGUUUUGACAAAAAUGAGCCCACUUCAAGGAGUGGUGGAAAAGCCACUGCAGUGCAACAAAUAAGGAAGGCUCAUAAUUACAAGGAAUUAAUCAUGAUUGGGGAUGGUGCGACUGAUCUUGAGGCACGCCAACCAGGAGGUGCUGACUUGUUCAUUUGCUAUGCUGGUGUUCAACUUCGAGAGGCUGUUGCGGCAAAGGCCAAUUGGCUUGUUUUUAAUUUCGAAGACUUGAUAAGCUCCUUGGACUAAUGGCCUGUACUCUUUUGUGCCCUGUUCAUUCUUUAUCGUGUACUAUUUUUCCUCCAUUGCGCUGCCUGCACUGCUUCAUUAGUAUAGUUAUACCCUUCCGAUUUGUACAAGAUGACAUUUUCCUGUGUAUAAAAAUCACAGGAAGAUGAAUAAGGAGUGUGCAUUGGGUGUUUCAUUGUAGGAUGCUGUGUACUUGAAUGGGUAAAUAUAUUGUGUGGGAUACUAGUUACAAAGUUUAUAUAAUUGAUUGGACCAUUUACCCUGAA